CGACCUAUACGAUAAAUAAAAUUUUCAGUACAGCAAACGGAAACGGAAUUCAUUUUGAGCCAUGUGCAUGCCGUAUCUGGGCAAAUUGUUUAGUGGUGGACAACGCCGACGGAACAACGCAACUGAGACACCACGGCCCAGUCUGGCACCGACUCCACAGCAAUCGAACGCAACGAUUCAGACCACAAACACCGGCAACAUGACAGUGGGUCAGAAGAAUUCCCUCUCUCCGGUCGAUGUUGGCUACAGUGGUCUGCUGUCUGAUGUGCCUGGAAGUGUGCCGAAUGGCAGCAUUGGAAGCGAGCCAGCUCCCAUUGAAGUGGCAACUCCGACAACAUCUCUUGCUGGCGCUGGCACUGACGUUCCAAGGCCAACAUCUUGGUGGGAAUUCUUCGGGAUUCACAGGGCCAAGAAGGCCAACGUCGGUUCGCCAUCCGCUUCCAGCUAAGCCUGAAAACUGAGUCCAAUGCUCAGAUUUCGUUCAACGAAAUAUUAUACUGAUGUUUUUUUUUUUGGACUACAAUGAUCAUGAAAUACCAAACUGUUUGCAACAUUUUAGGCAAUACCCACUUACAAGCAAAAAUAUAUUAUUUGGAAAUUAAAAGAGCCACAGAAUAAAAUAAGACACGCAGACUAGUAACCUUUA